AUGACCAUAUAUGGUGUUGCAAAGGUUAACAAUCUCACACAGAUACAACGCAUCUUCCUAACUUUUACCCAAGUUGAAGGAUUGUUCGUGGUUUGGUAGAGCGCCAUGGCAAUAAGUAAAUCCAAUUAAUUCUACAACAUUCACUGCUCAUAGAGUCAAAUGUCACCAUCUACAAAUAAAAAUGGAAACUGCAAACCACCCAAAAAGGAAAUAGGUUUGCUGUUAAUACUUUGGAUUGUUUCGGUAUAAUGAGGCCAUUUCCCGGAAUUUGUCUGUUGAUUUCCCCUUUCAUUUUGCGCUAAAAGAAACUUGACUUAGUUUUGAAAUGUAUAGAUCAUCACCGAUUUCAUCAGAAGACAAUAACUAUUUUAGAUUCUUUAGUGAGUCCGUCAAAUCAAUGUAUACCAUGAUUGAAUAAUAAAAUGAAGUACUCAUUAUUUUUACUUAUUAUUAUUAUUUUUUAUUAUUUUAUUUCAUUUUUUGCAUCAAGACAGAUUCGGGUUUCUGCAGCAAAACGUGACGGAACUUCCAAGAAUACUUACAUGAUUUGCGCUACAAACAGUCAGAGAAUAAGGGACAAAGAGUAACUAGAAUAUACCUGACAUAUCACUUUAACUGAAAAAUGACGGGAAAGAAAAGAUUCUUCUUCCUCACAAGUUACUAUAUAAGCGAAACUCACACCAUGCAUUCAAAACAUAUACGGAGUAAAAUUCAUUGCAAGGCAAAAAGUACGAAACGAUUGGUAAGUAGCGCGUUACGCGGUUAGGCACUUUUUGGGUACAACUGAUAUUUGUCAUAGGUGCAGGUAUUUGAUUUAAAGCCGGCUUUGCUGCUGACUUAGAGAAAACUGGGACGUUUCUAAGGGAAGUUUGCAGAAGAUUCAUUACAUAUAAACUACAUCACCUUGAUAUAUCCUUCGCCAAAGUGAACCAUUCAUUCUAGUUCUUUCUCUACAAAAAAUUGUUUCUCAUAUAACCCAGCAACCGUUUCAAGGAACUGGUAAUUCCACUGAUGAAGGGCCAGGCCCGAAACGUUUGGAAAGGAUAACUUCAACCUAAACACGGCACUUUUGUUCAUGAUUUAUUUAUUCUUUUUAAUGAACAUUUUUGUUACUUCUAUUUUCUAAAGUGCUACGCAGCUUAACGGAAUUCUUUCGUCAUUUGUUAACCCAGUAUAUAAACAAUGAAUGUGAAAUCCGUUUUUUCCCUCCAGGGAAGAAAUGGAAAUUCUCAACAUCAUUAUCGCAGCCAUAACAGCUGCAACGUUUAACUCAGUGGCUCAUAGUGCUCCAGUACACAAUACCCCGAGCACAUUAGAACUCCUCGUCACUGCUGUGAUUCCUUCAAGGGUUACUAACGCCACUCUAGAGGUAUUUUGUGUUAAUAAUUUUUUUUCGAUUGCCAAAGGUAGCCAAUUUUGAUAGCCAAACGUGUGGGAUUUGGCCAAUUACUUUUUAAUUAUUCAUGACGCACUAAUGAAAAAAGUUAGUUAAUUAAGUAUCUUUAAUUUGUUCUAAUUUGUUAUUCUAUGAAAUACUACUGUUUACAAUGGUUUACAAGUAUUCCCGUCGACAGGCAACAUUUCUGAGGUAAAUACCAGGUGACAUGAUGGGGAUUCUAAUAGAGAGGCAUUUUGCAAUAAAGCCAAAACAUUUGUCAGCCGUCCUGCGGCGAUAAUUCGGUUCUUAAUUGAGGUAUAUGAUGAAAUGAAAGUAUAUGUAAUGUGAGGCCCGAUGCGCUAAGGUUCCGUAAGGGUUUUUUCCCUUCAUAUAACAGUUCCGCCAGGCGGAAAACAAGGUUGUGAACGAAGCUCUCGGAUAAUAAAUAAAAUACAAAUUAUUGAAUAUCAAAUUCCACGGAGCAUCUUCGUUUCCGGAUUUUUUUGGCGGGGAGGGCAAAACUGGAUAGGGAAUACCGGGAGAAAAACCUUAACCCACCUAUGGAAUCUAGUUUCCCUCGCAGCCGUUUUUUGGAUGUCACGCAACGCUCCCCAAAAGGAACUUUUGGGGGAGUUCUUUUGGAGGAGCGUGGUGUGUCAUCCAAAAAACGGCUGCGAGGGAAACUAAUUGGAAUCAAACCCGGCCACAAAGGUGGAAGACUUCUCUCAUCACUGCAAAACGCGUGCUUCCUAUUACUGCAGUGGAACUGUGGUCACCCUUCCCUCCAUUACUGGUAAAAAGAUAAUUAAGCUGGCAGCUCCCUUUACGGUUUACUUUUUUGCAGAUGAAAAACUUGUAUCAAUUUAUCACUUCCACAAGCUACCUUGAAGAUGCAGGACUUGUGCUUCCAAACAUCAACGCGAAUAGCUGUUUCCCAAAUCAGGUUUCCAACUACUUGAUUUUAUUUAUCUUACAUACUGAAAAGCCGUACUGUAAAUUUGAGUAAGGUAAUUAACAAUUAUUCCUAGAGCCUGAAUGGGCUGUGAGUCAAUAGCCCAUGAGGCCGAAGGCCGAAUGGGCAAUUGACUCAGAGGCCAUGAGGGAGAGAGGAAUAAUUGUUUUGGUAAAAUCCAACUAGUUGGUCAAAUAUAUCGAGACAAAACAACUUUAGCUUGUUAAAGCUAGACUUAAAGCCCUUCUUUUGGUUUUCAAAGCAGGCACUUCACGCUACUAGUGGGCUAUAACAUAUAGCCUAGAAGUAGCUCAACCAAUUAGAACGCAGCAUUGAUAAUAGACCACUAGUUGGAUUUUACUAAAGAGAUUUAGCCAGUCAGAAAAAGCACAUAAUGUUAUUGCGUCGUUUGAGAAGUUGCCAUUCCGUGAACGAUUUGUCUCAGUAAACAAUCUGCCGAUUUUCCAGCUGUUUUAAACCCACUUGCUUUGUAUUUCAGUGGACGCCGGAAAAAAGAUAGCUUUCUUACCAAGUUUGCCCAGGGCAGAUAUGAUGAGUAAAUCGGGGGAAAAGAUCAUAAAUUCUACAUUUGUUUCCUAAUUUCCAACCCGGUGUAAAUUAGUAAUGCAAAUUUGAUAUUUAUCAUGUUUGCCCCUGAUUUACUGCUCAUCAAUUUGCUUCUUUUUUUCAAGCGUUACAUCGGCCGUAAGCAAAUUUGAUGUAAAUCCAUUUUUUGUCCAGUGAAUUUCUAUGCAUGGGAAUAAAUUUCAAGCCUUCCCGUAAAUACACUUUGUCAUUGUUAGAUUUCCAAGAUUAAUUGCCGGAUAAAUAACUUAAUAACAGCACUAUAAGGUCUGCAAGGUUUUUUCCCAACUUAGUUUAUCUUAACUUUUCAGGCAUGGAAUGACAAACUUCCUAUCGCGUACAAAAAACUGACUGUCUUUAGAAGUCCCCUCUACUUGGCCGUCUCUUAUGAAGAAAAUCAAAGACCGCUUCACAGUAUACUGGCUGAUGCCCUCUGGGACACCAGCGUUUUCGUGAAUGCUACAACAGCUAUGCUUAUCAGAGAGGUAAGAAGCUACAAUACUCGUCAUAUUUGUAAAAAUACUUGUCAUGGUACACCUCUCUCAUUGUUAACUGACGAUUAUUACCAUUUAAAAAAUACGCGAGUCAACACAUUGGAAGGAGGGAAGGAGCAAAUACAGAUGAAAGUUAGAUAAGUCACUUGAGAAUUUGUGACAUGAAAAAUCUUCAGCUAUCGUCUCCUGCUUAUGAGAAAUUUGACGCACAAUUUAUUUUAAGGUUGAGUCAGUAGACAUUGCCCUUUCGUGCGCUUAUAAUAAAGAGAUAUUUAUAUAUAGUCAAUAGCUGACGAGGAUACACAAUCUGGAAAAGAAACAGAUUAAUGAUAAUACAACAAGUGAACAAUAAUUUCGUCCUCCUAGCCUCCUAUUUCUCUUUCAUGUGGAAAUAAUUUGUUCAUCAACCAGUUCUAUGGACGUGAAAUGCAGUGUUUUGGUGUGACCACACAUUGUCGUCUCAGGAUUAAAAAAUCACUUACUAGGAAGACUCACUACUACCUUACAGACUGAACAAGGCAACGAUGAUUGAAAGUAGGUGGCUAAUAGAGUUAUAGUUUGGGCCCUUCACCGAGGAGCCCUCAUGAGGAUGGCCGGUACUAAAACGAAUAAUUAUUAUAACUUUUAUAAACCACCCGUCUGAAGAUAACAGCACUUUUCUUCGCCAAAAUGGUACUAAAACAUUUAACUUACAUAACUUAUAUAAUGGUUUGGUUUCUUUUUACAUCGCAGAUGAGAGAAAGAGCCAUUUCUGUGCCACCUGUUACAUCUGAAAUCUCGGAGUCAAACCUGAAUCGCUAUGUUCGCGAUUUCCUUCAAGGUCUUGUUGACAAUAGUAUUGUGGUACGUAUACAACUAGAAUACUAGAUAGCGCUAGCAGGGUCUUUAAUAUCAACAGGAGAUUAAAAAAACGAUCGCUAGUAAAGUGCGCUGAAGGUCGCAUGACUUAGAAAUCAGACCUUAGAAAAUUCAUCUGUCUGUAUUUGGUAGUUUAUUUAUCAUAAGUUAAAAAUAUAAUGACAGAGUUAUUGGAAACUUAAUAAAUCCCUUGUAUGAAUAUAGGCUGAGGCACUUUGUCUUCAAAGACAUUUCUCACGGUUUACCGACACUAUCUACCUCAAGGGGGGAAAAUUGAGCUUUCAAUCCCCCAACCCCUGCAAACAAUGUUGUGCUGAGCUACCUGUAGGCAAGAACAAACAACUAAACUUUAGGAAAAAAACUAAACUUUAGAUUAGGAACUUGGGAAAGGGGUGCAGAUUGGUUUGUCCUCCGAUAUAGAACCCUAUUUAAAAGUAUCCAACCCUAUUUAACAGUAUCCAAUCCUAUUCAACAGUAUGCAAUCAAUUUUGUAGAUGUAGACCGUAUAAUCGUGGUAUACUAAUGAUUUCAAAUCCUGGUUUUCUUACAGAACCUCAGUAUCAAUGACAAUGUAGUCAAGAUUUACCGGAAUUACGUCAUUCUCUACUCUCUCAGUAGUGUCAUCGAAGAGGCUUCAAUCUGUGUCAGCGGAAUCUAA